AUGGCAUUCUUCUUUGUCGUGGGCACGCACGAUUUCACAAAACCGCUCAAAGGGUACGAGGGUAUUACCGCGCAGUGCCACAAUUGUGGAAAUUGGUCGGCGCAUCCGAUCUCGUCCUGGGACUGGUUCACCUUCUGCUUCGUUCCCGUCCUGCCACUGGGAAGCAAACACAAGGACCUUCACUGCUCCAUCUGCCGCUUCCGUCAAGAUCUACGGAAUCGACCGGAUGUACUCUCUCAACAAGGCCAGGGUUCAGUAAUGCCUCCGCCGCAAUCCGGACCUCCUGCGGGAUGGGGCGGCCCUCCUCCGGGUCAAAAUCCACAGCAACAGUAUGGACAACAACCGCAUUAUAAGUGA